CGAUCGUCAGCGGUAAAGGAGCGAGCAUGUUGCUCUCUUAACUUCAGUCGCUUUUUGGUGUUCGAGGCGAGCAGUCGUGGCGCGCACGCGUAGCAACUGGCACACACAAAGUAAAUUCGAAAACGAAAAGGAAGAGGAAGAGCUGCUGAUCGGUUGACGGGCGAAUUAAAGUUUGAAACGAUUUUUCAGUUACACGCGAGCGCUCCAGCGAAUCGGUUAUAGAGCUGCAGCGAAGUCACAAUCGCAAUAAAUUAUUUGCGUGCAAUUUCUUAUUGCAAUUUCGGUUUUUUUCACGAGCUGGCUGCCGUCGCCGCGCAUUGUCGCGUUUGUUUUUUCUUGAGUCGCUGGCGCAGCGCAGCUAGCAAAGUUCUUUUUGCGCGGCAGCCGUCGUCGCUUGUCGCCUGCGUCGCAGUCGCAGUUGAAUUUUCAAUAAACGCGUUUUCUUUUGGCACGCUGCGUGGGCGCCCUACCAUGCGUCUGGCUGCCUCUCAGACUGUGUCUCUGUGUGUGUGCGCGUAUUUGUGUGUUAGUGUGCAUUAGUUAAUGUGUAUGUGUUGCUAAUUAAAACAACAACAACAACCACAUCAAUAACAACAACAACAACGACUGCAGUCGCAGCAGCUAGAAACGAGAAACGAUAACUUUGACGCAAGCCAAACAAAGUGCUAUCGAUAAAUGCAAUUAAGCUCAUUCACAAAUUGGAGCAGCCAAAGCAACAACAACAACAACAACGACAAGAGCAACAGGUGUUGGGCUGCCAGUUUAAUAACAAUUUAGUUUUUUUUUCGGUGAUUCAGCGCACGAGGGGCGUUUCGGCGUGACGACGGAAACUGUUUAGUUAUUCAAUGCGGCAAUCAAGUCCAAGUCCAAUUCCAACUCCAAGAACUGAGAACCUUUGCAACGAGCCGCUGCUGAAAUCGAUCGAUCCAAUUGCGUCCCCACGAGCAACGUGACAAACUGCGAGCAUAGCUCGUCACCCUCCUCCCCCCACACUCACAUUCAACACUCCCACCGAUCACCGAUCAACCACCCAAACAUACAAACAUGGACUCACUCAUCGGUCUGGAUUGUAUACUCGAGAAUCGUGAAUACAUUGCCCAGUUGGGCACUGCCCUAGACACGCAGAAUACGACAGUCAAGAAGCAGGUCUUCGAGCUGCUGUCAGCGCUCUGCGCCUACAAAACCGAUGGCUACGCCCGAGCCAUCGAAGUCCUCGACUUUUACAAGAAUCUCAAAAAGGAACGAUAUCGUUUUAAAAUUGUCAUAAAUGAGCUGGAACAGUCAAGUGCCGCCACAGAGCCGCCAUUGGACUAUCAAGCCACGCUCCUGGCCUUCAUCAACUGCGUCAUCAUCACGAAGAAAGAGCCACAGGAGCGCAUCCGCAUACGCAACGAGUUUAUUGGCCUCAAAGUGUUGCCGCUGCUGAACAAUCUAAGAAAAGUCGCACAUAGUGUGGGCAAUAUCAUCGUACAAUUGGACGUAUUCGUGGAGCACCAGGAAUGCGACGAGGCCCAGAAUCCAAGCUGGGCGGCCGAUGGCAUCAAUCUGAAUUCGCAUCUUGAUGUCUUUGACGCGAUACUGCGACAGGUGGCCGACAAGCCGCAAGAGGGUCCAUUCCUCAACAUACUGCAGCAUCUGCUGCGCAUCGACAACCGUCAGCCGCUUAGCGAUGUCAUCUGGGACACUUGCGAGCGUCUCGUGCAUCGCGCCACCCUCAUCGAGUCGCCCGAAGAUGCAGUGCGUCUGCUGCGCCAACAAUCCGCCCAGAAAUUCACGUGCUCAGCAUGUCGAGCCAGCGAUGCCACAAGUCCAACACGCAAACCCUCGCAGAUCGCUCAGCUUGUGCAGUCCACAGAGCCCGCUCAGCCCGCACAGCCCGCUCAGCCCGCAAAGACUGCCGCCAACCCACCACCGCCACCACCGCCAAUGGGUCCAAAGAAGGUUGUGCUGUUGCCACAGCAGGCUACGCCGGCGCCCAAGGCGAAAAUGAGGACAGUUAACUGGUCCCUGAUAUCGCAGAACAAGGUGCUGUUGGACAAAAACAACAUCUGGAGCAACAUGGCCGUACAGCAUCGCGACUCUAACAAAAAAGACAUUGACUUUAUCGAGCUCGAGGAUCUCUUCCAAUUACAAGCCACGAACAAACAAGGUUCCCCCAAGCUGGGCAGAGAUACUAAUGGCAACCAAUCGUCCAGCGGUUACGAUACGCUCGAUCGCAAGGCCAAAAAGGAGCCGGAGAUCGAACUGCUCGAUCGCAAACGCAGCCUAAAUGUGAACAUAUUUUUGAAGCAGUUUCGCAGUGGCCAUCAGAAUCUCAUACAGCUUAUCAAGGAUGGCGUGCACGAACAGAUUGGCGCCGAGAGAUUGCGGGGAUUGCUCAAUAUACUGCCCGUGCGGGAUGAGCUGGAACUGCUGCAGAGCUUCAACGGCGACAGGACGCGUCUGGGCACGGCUGAAAAGUUUCUGCUGCAGCUACUCGAGGUGCCCAACUACAAACUGCGCAUUAAGGGCAUGUUGCUCAAGGAGGAGUUUCCCGCGAAUGUUGCGUGUCUGGAGCCCUGCAUCAAUGCCAUGCUCUACGCUGGCGACGAUCUGCUAAACUGCAAAGCUCUGCAGGAGCUCCUCUAUUUGCUUGUCGUCACGGGGAAUUUCCUCAACUCAGGCGGAUAUGCGGGCAAUGCUGCGGGCGUUAAGCUCUCCUCGCUACAGAAGCUCAUCGACAUCAAAUCCAACAAGCCGGGCAUGGAUCUUAUACACGUUGUAGCCCUGCAAGCGGAGCGACGCAAUCUCGACGUGGAGCAGGUUACCGCGCUGCUGAACACGCUCGAGAAUGUCAGCAAAACCACCGUGGACCAGAUUAACAACGAGAUCAAAGCGCUGAAAACUCGCAGAACCGAAAUCAGCGAACAGGUUGAACAGCCCGAAAUGGAUGCGGAUAUCAAGCAGCAGAUGUUGGACUUUCUGCUGGCCGCCAAGUCGGAGUUGUUGGUGCUGAGCGAGGGCAUGGAACAGGUGGAUAAGAUGCGUGAAAAGUUGGCCAAUUUCUUUUGCGAGGAUCCGGGGACAUUCAAGCUGGAGGAGUGCUUCAAGAUCUUUCAGAAUUUCUGUAGUAAGUUUCGGCUGUCAAUCAAAGAGAACGAAGAGCGAGUGCAGAAGGAGCAGCAGGCGACACUGCGACGCAAAAAGCGCGAGGAGCAAGCAGCCAAGCGAGCCAGGCAGCUGGGUCAGGCGGGCACGCCUGUCUCUGACUCAGACUCAUAUCUGGGCGACGGUUUGCUUGAUCCGCGCGCCAGCCCCGCGCUAAGCAGACGCCAGCUGGGCUCAGGUGAGAUCACCAAUGGCUUCAUACGCCUCGAGCAGGAGAGCAGCGCCUCGCCAGACAUUACGCCCAAUGGAAGUCUGAGGCGGCGACCGAGUCGUGUGUUGGCUGGAGAAGAUGAGCUCAUGGAGUUCCUGCGCCGCUCCACUGGACCUUACGAUGGACAUGCUAGUCGCGAUCGCAAAGUCGCCUAUGGCAGUCUAGAUCGCUCCAUUGGUCGUCGUGCUCGCUCUGGCAGCUCGAGUCGCAAGCGUCCGGAUCUGCUCAACAUUGAUUUUGGCGUCGAUCGCGAACGCGCCUGCUCGCCAGCUCCUUUGCUGCAGCCUCAGCCUCAACAGCAGCAGGAUCGCCUGCAGUCGCCGUUGGCCAGCAGCGGCACGGGCACGCCCACGCCCACAAAGACAACGAAUACGCCAGUCAGCAAUGGCCCCACAACCAUUCACAUUCAGUCACAGCAUCCACAACAGCAGCAGCAGCAACCGCCCAGGACAACAGCGCACGAGGAUGCGAUACCGAGAAUAUCCCGUGAAGGGCACCAGAAAAUCCAGUCUUGGCUGCAGUCCAACGAAAACGAUGAGAAACAGAACGAGGAAUAUAAGCGGAAACGUCGCCUGGUAAAUGCGAAUCGGCGAUCGCUCGAAAACGAAUCUGAAAACGAACGAAAACUGGAUCCAUUGCCAGAGGAAAAGAUAAUGCCAGCAACAACAUCGACCACAACGACGCCAACUAAUCCAACUAAUCAACACAACAAGCAACGAGAUCAGGAGUCGCAUAAACCUGCGGACAAAUACCAACGUGUCUAUGCGGACUGGAAGCCAUCGAGCACAUUGGACAACACCGAUGUGGUGGGCAACAUUCAGGCAAUUGCCGAUGCUGCAACGAAGUCGCAACCACAUCUGACCACCGCCGAGGAGCUGCGUCAAUAUCGCCGCCAGCGAUCGCAGGAGCAGAGUCAAACUCCAGGUGUAUUACAUUCGAUAGCCGAGGAGGAUCGUCGCAAGUCCAUCAUACAGCUGCUGGGCGAAAACGACGGCAGCGCCGAUUGCCUGAAGAUCUAUUUGCGACGUCCCACCCCCAUGGACAUGCUGCAGGAGCCGGUGAAGCCGACGGAGGCUGCGCCAAGUAUGAACACAACAUCGACGGCGCAUGAGGAUCCAUUUGCCAGUCUGCUGGAUCAUCACAAGAGUCACAACGAGUCGCAGUAUGCGUCCAAGGAGAUCGAUGCGGACAACAUUGAGACACCGCCAGUGACGCGACGUGUGCUGGCCACGCCCAACACCACAGUGGUCACCGUCAGCAUGACGGACAAGCCGAAGCAUCUGCCGGAGGAGAAGAAUACGACAGCGAGCACCGCAGUCUCGACUGUGGAGUCGGAUGCACCAGGGCACUUCGACAGACACGCUUCCGCGCGGCGCACGCGACGUUACAAGCGACCCACGGACUACAGCAGCGGCAACGAGGAGCUGGCGCCAUCCACCAACCAGGAGAUCAAGCACUCAACGAGCGCCAAUGAAAUGCGAAGACUGCAAAAAGAAGAGCAGCAAAGGGAGCGGGAGGAGCAGGCGGACAAGGCUCGCAACAUUACCAAGCUGGAGAAAGUGAGUCGUCACAUUAUCAACCAGGAAGAUGUGCGCGAAGCCAUACGCAAUCUCAAGUCACCAACGGGCACACCCGAGCGUACCUGGAGUCCACCACGCGAGCUGACGCCCAGCAAGCUGAAGCUCAGUGUGAGCGGACAUCACGAGCUCAACGAUGAGGGCUUUGAGGAGACGCAGAGCCUGGUCUCCGAUACGCCAUCGCAUGGCAAAGGCGAGAGCACAAACUCCUCUUGCAACGAGGCCAACGAUGCGCCCUUGCAGCAACGUUCGCGUCCGCUGUCCAAGCAGAAGACAACGACCACCAGCAUCAUGGGCAUGGGCAUGGGCAGUCGCCUCUCGGAUCGACUCCAGCCGCCGCGUCUCCGCGGCAGCUCCGCAAGUGCGGCACCAGGAAGCAGACACAAUCCAAUGCCAGCCACACAAACAGCAUCCCAGGCAUCAGCAGCAGCGAGCGCAGCAGCCAAGCGCAGCCUCUCGGCGAGUCGCCCGCUGCGCAUGCCCAACGGCAGCCCGAUGCUGGGUGCCACGCCCAACGGCAGCAUCCGCUCCUCGUCGGGUGUGCGUCGCGAUCCCAACUACGCGUUGAACGCACCCAAAUCCCGCGACGUCGAACGCAGCAGCUCAAGGAACAGUUUACGCUCGUCGCGCUCCUCUAUCAACAGUGGCGCCUCCACACAGACCGUGGUGCGUCGUCUGCCCUCAGUGCAGCGCACCGCCACCGUCUCCGUGGACUCCUCACCGAGUAAGCGACCGCUGGCAACACAGAAUGCGCGUCCAGCCACAGCACGCGGCGUGCCCGCAAGUCGCAGUAGCAGCAGCGGCUCCAGUGUGGGUCCCAGUGUCAUCUUGGUGCGCAGCAAGCUCACGCCUGGCCAGACGACGCGCACUGCUCAGGCAGCGGGACAACCGCUGGGCAACAACACCAGUUUCAAGGAGAAUCAAAGCACGAGCACAACGGCGGCAACGGCUUCGGCAUCCGCCUCACGACUGACAGCAGCGCGUAGUGCGGUGCUGGUAAAGAAUGUGCUGAAUCAGCAGGCGAAGACAAGCAGCAACAGCAACAGCAGCAGCAGUAAUCCUCAGCAGCGCAAUCCUCGGCAAUCCGUCAGCAGCUUUAUGCGUCCCACAGCCAGCAGUGUCACGAAGCGACAGAAAUAAGUAAAAUACAAUAAAACACAAUACUAGUUAGGGAAAGCUGAAAGGCACACGAGAGAGUACAGUAUAAUUAUGUAUUAAGGAUUAAGAAGGACUCGUCCAUGUUAACACAAGACACAAACGAGACAAAAACGAGGAACAAAGACAAGUUACAAAACGCAGACAAGCAUCUACUCUAAGCCGUCCAAGUAAACGACAUCAAAAGAUUAACAAAAUACAAACAAAUGACAAUUACAAUUAAAAUUAAAAUUACAACAAAACGUUUCGAAUUUCUAGGCAGGAUUUUGCACAAUAAACUCCACACACACACACACACGCACACAAACACGUAAACGCUCCAAGCGUAUGUUAUUUACCAAGUAGCCACUAGUUUAGUAUGGGUCCAACCAUGGGUCCGUUGAUUCCCAGCACAUUCCAAAGUAAUAAAAGCCCCGUAAAACACCAAACAAAAACAAAACACACAUCCAGAGAAACAGGUGCGCCCCGUCGUGGAGGACUCGUCACAAAUGUGUUUCAAAUGCGAAAGGUUUUUCAAAGCACUUUUCCAUCAGUUUCCAAGGACCUCUUACAUUCUAAUUGUUAAGCAUAAAGACAAAUAUCGUUGAAAAUUC